AUGGUUGUUAAAUUCAACCUUGAUAUUUCUCACCGCUCCAGCGACAAAUGCUGCUGUUCUCGUCACUGUAUUUCAUCUUCGCCGAAUCUCUCUCUUUUCAUCUUCAUUUCCAAUACAUCAUUAUAUCUACGCUUCUUGUUUAAUGACGUUUACAACGUCUGUGAUCGCCACAUCAUAAAAUCACAAUCCCUUUUCUUCUCUCUGCCAUCCAGUAAAAUCACAAACCCUUUUCUUCUCUCUGCCAUCAAGUCUCUGUCACAAACCUCUUUUUUCUCUCCCAUCCAUAAAAUCACAAUUCUUUCUUCUCUCUGCCAUCCAGUAAAAUCAAAACUGUUUUCUCUCUGUCUUUUCCUCUCCAGUAAAAUUCUCUCUCCCUUUUCUUCUUCUCUGCCAUCCAUAAAAUCACAAUCCCUUUUUUCUUCUCUCUGCUAUCAAGUAAAAUCACAAACCGUUUUCUUCUCUCUGCCAUCCAUAAAAUCACAAACCGUUUUCUUCUCUCUGCCAUCCAGUAAAAUCACAAUCCUUUUCUUCUCUCUGUCAUCCAUAAAAUUUCAAUCCCUUUUCUUCUCUCUGCCAUCCUGUCUUUUCACAAACCUUUUCUUCUCUCUGCCAUCCAUAAAAUCACAAUCCCUUGUCUUUUCUCUCCAUCCAGUAAAAUCACAAACCCUUUUCUUCUCUCUGCCAUCCAGUAAAAUCAAACCCUUUCUCUUUUCUCUGCUCUGUCUUUUAAAAUCCCCAAGUCAUUUUCUUCUCUCUGUCAUCCAGUCCCUGUCACAAACCGUUUUCUUUUCUCUGCCAUCCAGUAAAAUCACUCUCUCUUUUCUUCUCUGCCAUUCCUCCCCUCACAAACCGUUUUCUUCUCUCUUCCAUCCAGUAAAAUCACAAUCCCUUUUCUUCUCUCUGCCAUCCAGUAAAAUCACAAACCGUUUUUCUCUUCUCUUUUCCAUCCAUAAAAUCACAAUCCUUUUUUCUUCUCUCUGCCAUCCAGUAAAAUCACAAUCCUUUUCUUCUCUCUGCCAUCAAGUAAAAUCACUGUCCCUUUUCUUCUCUCUGCCAUCCAUAAAAUCUUUUCUUCCGUUUUUCUCUCUCUGCCAUCCAGUAAAAUCACAAACCCUUUUCUUCUCUUUGCCAUCCAGUAAAAUUCACUCUCCUUUUUUUUCUCUCUGCCAUCCAGUAAAAUCACAAUCCUUUUCUUCUCUCUGCCAUUCAGUAAAAUCACUCCCUUUUUCUUCUCUCUGCCAUCCAGUAAAAUCACAAACCCUUUUCUUCUCUCUGCCAUCCAGUUCUUUUCUCUGUCUUUUUUCUCUGUCUUUGCCAUCAAGUAAAAUCACAAUCCCUUUUUUUCUUCUCUGCCAUUCUUUAAAAUUUUCAAACCCUUUUUCUUCUCUCUUUUCUUCAGUAAAAUCCUCUCCUCCUUUUUUUUUCUCUCUGCCAUCCAGUAAAAUCACAAUUCUUUUCUUCUCUCUGCCAUCCAGUAAAAUUUCCAAACCCUUUUUUUCUUCUCUCUGCCAUCUAAAAUCACAAUCCCUUUUCUCUCUCUUUUCCAUCCUGUCUUUUCUUUUCAAAAGGUUUUCUUCUCUCUGCCUUUCCCUCUCUGCCAUCCACUUUCCUUUUCUUCUCUUUGCCAUCCAUAAAAUCACAAUCUUUUUUUCUCUCUCUCUUUCUCCAGUGAAAAUUUCAAGGUCAAUCCCUUUUCUUCUCUGCCAUUUUUCUUCUCUCACAAUCUUUUCUUCUCUCUCUUUAAAAUCACAAUCCUUUUCUUCUCUCUGUCUUUCAGUAAAAUCACUUCUCUGUCUUUUCUUUCUCUCUUUUCCAUCCAGUAAAAUCCAAAUCUUUUCUUCUCUCUGUCAAUUUUCUUUCCUCUUUCCAUUUUUUCUCUGCCAUCCAGUAAAAUUUCUUUUUUUUUUCUCUCUGCCAUCCAGUAAAAUCACAAACCCUUUCUUCUCUCUGCCAUCAAUAAAAUCACAAACCGUUUUUUCUUCUUUUCUCUCUCUGCCAUCCAGUAAAAUCACAAUCCUUUUCUUCUCUUUGCCAUCCAGUAAAAUUUCAAUCUCUUUUCUUUCUCUUCUCUCCAGUAAAAUCUUCUCUCUUUUCUUCUCUCUCUGCCAUCCAGUAAAAUUUCAACCUUUUUUUCUCUCUGCCAUCCAUAAAAAUCACAAACCCUUUUCUUCUCUCUUUUCAAUCUCUGUAAAAAUUCAAUCCCUUUUCUUCUCUCUCCAUCCAGUAAAAUCCCCAAUCCCUUUUUUCUCUCUGCCAUCCAGUAAAAUCACUGUCUUUUCUUCUCUCUGUCUUUUCUUCAAUAAAAUCAAAUCCUUUUUCUUCUCUCUGCCAUCCAGUAAAAUCCCAAUCCUUUUCUUCUCUCUGUCUUUUCUCCAAAUUCUUCUCACAAACCGUUUUCUCUCUUUUCCUCCUUCAAGUAAAAAUCACAAACCGUUUUCUUCUCUCUGCCAUUUUCUUUUCUCUCACAAUCUCCUUUCCUUCUCUCAGCCAUCCUGUCUUUCACUUCUCCUUUUUCUUUUCUGCCAUCCAGUAAAAAUCUGUCUUUCUUUUCUUCUCUCUUCCAUCCAUUUUCUCACAAACCGUUUCCUUCUUUUUCCAUCCAGUAAAAUUUCAAUCUCUUUUUUCUUCUCUCAGCUCUCUCAAGUAAAAAAUCACAAUCCUUUUAUUCUCUCUUUUCAUCCAGUAAAAUCACAAUCCUCUUUCUUCUCUCUGCCAUUCAGUAAAAUCACAAUCCCUUUUCUUCUCUCUCUGCCAUCCAGUAAAAUCACAAUCCUUUUCUUCUCUUCUCAUCCAGUAAAAUCUUCAAUCCCUUUUCUUCUCUCUGCCAUCCAUAAAAUCACAAUCUCUUUUCUUUUCUCUCCCCAUCAAGUAAAAAUCACAAUCCUUUUCUUCUCUCUGCCAUCCAGUAAAAUCACUUUUCCUUUCUUAUCUCUCUGCCAUCCAGUAAAAUCCCCAAUCCCUUUUCUUCUCUCUGCCAUCAAAGUAAAAUCACAAUCCCUUUUCUUCUCUUUGCCAAUCAAUAAAAUCACAAUCCUUUUUUUCUCUCUGCCAUCCAGUUUCCUCACAAUCUCUUUUCUUCUCUCUGCCAUCAAGUUUUCUCUGUUUUUCUUUUCCUUUUCUUCUCUCUGUCUUUUCUUCUCUCUGUCUUUUCCUCACUGUUUUUUCUUUUUCUGUCUUUUCUUCUCUGCCAUCCUUAAAAUUUUAACCCCUUUCUUUUCUUCUCUCUGCCAUCCAGUCUUUUCUCACAAACCUUUUUUCUUCUCUCUUUCAUCCAGUAAAAUCUUCAACCCUUUUCUUUUCUCUCUGCCAUCCAGUAAAAUCACAAACCCUUUCUUUUCUCUGCCAUCUUUUAAAAUCUCUCUCUUUUCUUCUCUCUGCCAUCCAGUAAAAUCACAAUCCCUUUUCUUCUCUCUGCCAUUCAUAAAAUCACAAUCUCUUUUCUUCUCUCUGCCAUCCAGUAAAAUCACAAUCCCUUUUCUUCUCUCUGCCAUCAAUGUCUUUUCUUCAAACCGUUUUUCUUCUCUCUGCCAUCCAGUAAAAUCACAAUCCCUUUCUUUUCUCUCUCUGCCAUCCAGUAAAAUCACAAUCCCUCUUUUCUUCUCUGCCAUCCAGUUUUCUUCAAACCGUUUUUUUCUCUCUGCCAUCCAUAAAAUUCAAACUCUUUUCUUUUCUUCUCUCUGCCAUCCAGUAAAAUCACAAUCCUUUUCUUCUCUCUGCCAUCAAGUAAAAUCACAAUCUCUUUUCUUCUCUCUUUGCUUUCCAGUAAAAUCUUCUCUCCGUCUUUUUCUCUCUUUCCAUCCAGUAAAAUCACAAACCGUUUUCUUCUCUCUGUCUUUUCCAGUAAAAUCUUUUCUCCUUUCUUCUCUCUGCCAUCCAGUAAAAUCACAAUCCCUUUUCUUCUCUCUGCCAUCCAGUAAAAUCACAAUCUCUUUUCUUCUCUCUGCCAUCCAUAAAAUCACAAUCCCUUUUCUUCUCUCUGCUGUCUUUUCUAAAAAUCACAAAACCUUUUCUUCUUUCUUUCUAUCCAUAAAAAUCUUUUCUCUCCCUUUUUUUCUCUGCCAUCCAGUAAAAUCUCUCUGUCCCUUUUCUUCUCUCUGCCAUCAAGUCCUCUGUCUCCGUUUUUCUUCUCUUUUUCCAUCCAUCUUUUCUUUUCUUUUCUUUUCUCUCCCAUCUUUUCCUCACCCCGUUUUUCUUCUCUCUGUCAUCCAGUUCUUUCCAAAUCCUUUUUCUUCUCUGCCAUCCAGUAAAAUCUCCCCCUCUCUUUUCUUCUCUCAGCCAUUUCAAGUAAAAUCACAAUCCCUUUUCUUCUCUCUUUCUUCCAGUAAAAUUUCAAACUGUUUUCUUAUCUUUGCCAUCCUUAAAAAUCACAAUCCCUUUUCUUUUCUCUGCCAUCAAGUCUUUUCUUUUCAAACCGUUUUUCUUCUCUCUUUUCAUCCAGUAAAAUCUUCAAUCUGUCUUUUUUUCUCUCUGCUUUCCAGUCUUUUUCCCAAACUUUUCUUCUCUUCUUCUCUCUGCCAUUUCAGUAAAAAUCUGUUUUUUUCUUUUCUCUGUCUUUUCUCUGCCAUGUCUUUUCUCCCCAAUCCUUUUCUUCUCUCUCUCUUUUGUCUUUCCAGUCUUUUCCUCAAAUUGUUUUUUUUCUCCCUGCCAUCCAGUAAAAUCUUUUCCUUUUCUUCUCUCUUCCAUCCAGUAAAAUUUCUCCCCCUGUCUUUUCUUCUCUCUGUCUCCAGUAAAAUCACAAUCCUUUUCUUCUCUCUGCCAUCAAGUUUUCCUCUCUUUUCUUUUCUCCCAUCCAGUAAAAUCUCAAACCGUUUUCUUCUCUGUCUGCCAUCCAGUCUUUUCCUCAAUCCUUUUCUUCUCUCUGCCAUUCAUAAAAUCACAAACCCUUUUCUUCUCUCUGUCUUUAAAAUCACAAACCUUUUCUUCUCUCUUUUCAAUCCAGUUCCACAAUCCCUUUUCUUCUCUCUGUCUUUUCUAAAAUCAAAUCUUUUCUUCUCUCUGCCAUCCAGUAAAAUCUGUCUUUCCUUUUCUUCUCUCUUCCAUCCAGUAAAAUUUUCUUCUCUUUUUCUCUCUUCUCUCUUUCUCCAGUCUUUUCCUCUCCUUUUUCUUUCCUCCCAUCCAGUAAAAUCACAAUCUGUCUUUUUUUUUCUUCUCUGCCAUCCAGUGAAAUUCUCUCAAACCUGUUUUUCUUUUCUCUGUCAUUUCCUAAAAUCACAAUCUUUUCCUCUUCUCUCUGCCAUUCUCUCUGUCUUUUCUUCUCUCUGUUUUUCUUCUCUCUGUCCAUCCAGUAAAAUUUUCUCAAACUGUCUUUUUUCUCUCUGCCAUCCAGUAAAAUCACAAACCCUUUUCUUCUCUCUGCCAUCCAGUAAAAUCACAAACCUUUUCUUCUCUCUUUUCCAUCCAGUAAAAUCACAAUCCCCCUUUCUUUUCUGCCAUCCAGUCAAAAUCACAAUCUCUUUCUCUUCUUUCUGCCAUCCAGUAAAAUCACAAUCCCUUUUCUUCUCUCUGCCAUCAAGUAAAAUCACAAUCUUUUUUCUUCUCUGCAAUCCAGUAAAAUCACAAACCGUUUUUUCUUCUCUCUUUUCUUCCAGUAAAAUCCUCCUUUUCUUUUCUGCCAUCCAGUGCCAACCGUCCUUCUCUUUUCUUUCCUCAGUCUUUUCGUUUUCUUUUCUUUCUCUCCCAUCCAGUAAAAUCACAAUCCCUUUUCUUCUCUCUUUUCAUCCAGUAAAAUCUCAAACCGUUUUUUUUCUCUCUGCCAUCCAUAAAAUCACCCCCCGUUUUUUUUCUCUCUGCCAUCCAGUAAAAUCACAACCCUUUUCUUCUCUCUGCCAUCCAGUAAAAUCACAAUCCCUUUUCUUCUCUCUGCCAUCCAUAAAAUCACAAACCGUUUUCUUCUCUCUGCCAUCCAGUAAAAUCACAAUCCCUUUUCUUCUCUCUGCCAUCCAGUAA